GGAGCACCCGACGGCAGCCAUGGCGAGUGGCAGCGGGGACAGUGUCACCCGCCGGAGCGUGGCAUCACAGUUCUUCACGCAAGAGGAGGGCCCAGGCAUUGAUGGCAUGACCACCUCCGAGAGGGUGGUGGAUCUCCUGAACCAGGCGGCACUGAUCACCAGUGACUCGAAGAUCACAGUGCUCAGGCAGGUCCAGGAGCUGAUCAUCAACAAAGACCCCACGCUGCUGGACAACUUCCUGGAUGAGAUCAUCGCUUUCCAAGCAGACAAGUCCAUCGAAGUGCGCAAGUUUGUCAUCGGCUUCAUUGAGGAGGCAUGCAAGCGGGACAUCGAAUUACUGCUGAAGCUGAUCGCGAACCUCAACAUGCUGCUGAGGGACGAGAACGUGAAUGUGGUGAAGAAGGCCAUCCUCACCAUGACCCAGCUCUACAAGGUGGCCCUGCAGUGGAUGGUGAAGUCACGGGUCAUCAGUGAGCUCCAGGAGGCCUGCUGGGACAUGGUGUCUGCCAUGGCCGGGGACAUCAUCCUGCUCUUGGACUCUGACAACGAUGGCAUCCGCACCCACGCCAUCAAGUUUGUGGAGGGUCUCAUUGUCACCCUGUCGCCCCGCAUGGCCGACUCGGAGAUACCCAGACGUCAGGAACAUGACAUCAGCCUGGACCGCAUCCCUCGUGACCAUCCCUACAUCCAGCACAGUGUGCUGUGGGAAGAGGGGAAGGCGGCCUUGGAGCAGCUUCUCAAGUUCAUGGUGCACCCCGCCAUCUCCUCCAUCAACCUGACCACAGCGCUGGGCUCCCUCGCCAACAUCGCCCGCCAGAGACCCAUGUUCAUGUCCGAGGUGAUCCAAGCCUACGAGACCCUGCACGCCAACCUCCCGCCGACGCUGGCCAAGUCUCAGGUGAGCAGCGUGCGCAAGAACCUCAAGCUGCACCUGCUGAGCGUGCUCAAGCACCCGGCCUCCCUGGAGUUCCAGGCCCAGAUCACCACCCUGCUGGUGGACCUGGGCACGCCGCAGGCCGAGAUCGCCCGCAACAUGCCCAGCAGCAAGGACGCCCGCAAGCGGCCGCGCGACGACUCGGAUUCUGCGCUGAAGAAGAUGAAGCUGGAGCCCAACCUGGGGGAAGACGACGAGGACAAGGACUUAGAGCCAGGCCCAUCGGGGACCUCCAAGGCCUCGGCCCAGCUCUCAGGCCAGUCAGACACAGACAUCACAGCCGAGUUCCUGCAGCCUCUGCUGACGCCCGACAAUGUGGCCAAUCUG